GGUAUAACAAUGUUCAAGGCCCGUGGCAAAUUAAUCGGAUUGGGCCCUUUUUUUCGCAAUAUAAAGUAGCUCAAUCAACGAUAAAGUUUUUUUUUUCAUUUUAUAAUAAAUAGGAUAAAGGAGGCUUUCUGUUAAUGACAUCAUGGAAGCUAAAAUUUCGGGCUAUGGAAUGGUCAAUGGAUAGAAUAUCUAAGUUGCGUAACUUUCCUUGUCCCAUAGAAUUUCUUAAAUAAGUUUUUAUCAAUUUUAGUUUUGAAAAUGAUCGUUCGAUUUUAGCCGUGGUCAUAGGAAUGGUUAAAAAUAACAAAAAUGCAGUGCAGACUGUUUAAAAAUAUUCCAUUGAAUGUGAACAUAGUGUUCAUAGAUUCAUAGGUAUUCGAGAGCUCAAUAAUGACUUCUUUCAUUCAUCGGGGAAGCCCCUAUUUUAGUUUUACCGGGAUUUAGUUCCAGUUUAAAUUUUUUGCAGUAGGAUUCUAAAAUUUUAUAACCCUGUCAUCGCCCCACAUAGAUAGCAAUUUUUAUGGACAGACCUAAUCUUCCCUUUAUUCGAGAUUUGGAAAUUAGUAGUAACGUAGCUGCAGGGGGGUCCACCGGUAUCAGCAAAAUUUUUAUAGUUGUCGAUGGAACAAAAACAAAAAUGUUUAAGAACCAAUUGUUUGAAACGACAGCAGUUGCUGGCAGUAGACUAAGUAGAUAUUUCAGAAUCCCAAUAAAUCGAACCGAUUCGAAAUAUGACAAUGGAGAAGCGAAAGCUGUAAAUGAAUUUAGUUGGUUGUCAUCUUUGCAUGUUUGAUAAUUAUUAGUAAAUUCUACAUACAUUCUACAUACAUACUCAUUUCUUAGACUCAAAAACCUCAAACUUUCCCUCUUUACUUUAUAAAACUCUUUACUACUAUUCAUGCGUUCAAUUUUUAUGUUCUUUAGCAGCCUCUGCAUUUCAUUUACAUCUUCACGGCUACCCUUCUAAGAGGUCAGCUUCUCUCAAUAUCCUUUCCACUAACCUCAUCACUGUAGAAGUACUCAAAUGCAGAUCUCUGGAUUCAUUGAUUUGAACUGCUGUUUCUGUGCCAAGUCGUCAAUCACUUUCAUUGAUAAAAUCAUAAUUCAUAAUUUGGAAAAUAUACUUGAAUAUAUGCUCUGAUUUCGCAUCUUUAGAGACCUAUAAUUCGAAUAAUGUUCAAGCAGCCAGCUAAGGUAUAAUUCACCAUGUUAUGGUCAGCUUUGUUUUUUCUUCAAAACACUAGGUAAACUAUAAUCUCAGAAAUGUUCGAGUAGGAGGCAAUUACUAAAAAACUUUUUAUUUUCUAAUCGCUCCACCACGAAGUCGCAGCUGACAGUUGCGGGUAUUCGGGAAACAGGAAUUUUCGAAUGAGACAGACUUAGCCAUGAAAACCUGUCACUGCUUCCUGGACUAUUAGAAAAACUAUUUUCUGCUUUGACAGUAGUUUCUUCAACUUCAUAUCGGCAAAUUUGGAAGUAGAUUACGAACGGUAGACGUGUACAAAUACAAAAUCUGAAUUAAAACAUUAAAUUUACUUUUCUCGCUACUCUUUUCCAAGGAAGUUACAGACCAAGUUAGUUAUGGACUAGAUUAUAUGACUACCUCUACAAUCAAAUAUUUUUUUCAUAUUAUGGGCCAUACCUCCAUUUCACGUGUAAUUUUAAAUUCUAUUCAUUUCAAUAAAUGGAUACAUUAUGAAAAAUUACAAUUUCCAUAUAGAUAAAAACAUCUACUCGUCCAAGACCGACAGUAUAAUAAUAAAACCCGUAGAUAUAAAGAUAAAUAAUAUUGUAGAUACAAACUUAUCAGAUUUUAGUUAUAUAAAAAUGCCUUCAAUUUUUUAUUAAGUUUCUGAAUGUUAGGACAUGUGAAAUACGACUUUUUUGAUGUACAAAAGAUAUCUCUUCCCACGCCAAAACCGUCACGUGCUUAUUGAUUUAAAAACUACCUUUACGUAUGCAUUUCAUGGUCUAUUUGGUAACUUUAACCACACAAUGCCAAUCUUAGACGAAAAUAUCACUUCCAUACAUCCAUUAUUUAUCUAUUCAGAAGUAAAAGACUGUAACUUUAUAGCUUUAAUAACUGUUGCUAUAGCAUUUUCUUGAGUAGGUACACUAUUGUUGCGGCUUCUUAUAUAAAGUAAUGUACCGUACGUGAACCAACUUCAUUUCAUAAUUCGAUAUGGUGCAAUCAUCUACAAAGGUAUUUUUAAAUUUCUUACUGUUACUAGUUCUUCAAGUGAUUCAUGGCCACGAAUACGCCUUCAUGGAAGAUAAACCUGUUAAUCCAAUUUACGAAGAAAACGAUAAUAAAGUGGAAGAACCUAAAUUUAAUAGAAGGAUAAGUAUAUUUUCUUCACCGGCAGACAUUUUUAAGAGGAGCUUUCGUUCAGCGGUAAGCACUGGAAUGGUUCCACUUUACAAAACUUCGAACGAAGGCCAAUGUUUCUGUAAUAUGAGAUUUCAACCAAUUGAUUUGGGAAGAGAAUAUUAUCCUAGGUAUCUUCAAACGGGUAUUUGUCAACCAAAUUCCUGUAACAAGUUUCAACAAUGCGUCGAAAAAAAGUACAAAAUUAAGGUAUUAAGAAAAAGAGAAAUCAAAGAUGGCGAGGAAUCGAUGUAUUCCAGCCUUCCUAAACCACUACGGGACUUUUGGGUAGCGGAAACUAUCCCCGUAGGAGUAGCUUGCGACUGCGUCGUCGAUGUGCCAUAUACUAAUAAUAUGUAAAUUUAAUAGAAAAUAUUUAAUCGUAUUCAAAAUAAAUUAUUGAUCUC